AUGGCUGCUUCAAAGAAGUCCGGUGUUGUUACAUUAUUGCAUACGGCAUGCGGCGCAGGUAUUUUGGCGAUGCCCUAUGGGUUUAGACCAUUUGGUUGGUUUCCAGGUAUAUUCAUACUCACACUAUGUGGGUUAUGUUCAACAAUUGGUUUGUUGUUACAAGCAAGGGUCGCCCAAUAUGCAAAGAAUCAAAAUGCAUCCUUUUUCAGUCUGGCUCAAUUAAUUAAUCCAAAUUUAAGUAUAAUGUUCGAUUUAGCCAUUGCAAUUAAAUGUUUUGGUGUUGGAAUAUCAUAUAUCAUUGUCGUUGGAGAUCUGAUCCCAUUGAUCUUAUUUAUCUUCACAAGAAAUUCUUUACUAUUAGAUAGAAAUUUUAAUAUUACCCUAAUAAUGGUCUUUGUUAUUGCUCCUCUAUGUUUCAUGAAAAGAUUAAAUUCAUUAAGAUACGCGUCAAUGGUAGCAAUGUCAUCAGUAGCUUAUCUUUGUGUCCUAGUGCUUUUCCAUUUCUUAUUUCCAUCAGAUGAUAUUAAGAAUUUGAAAGGUUCAGUCUCAUAUGGUUUCCCAACAGGAGAACCUUCACCGUUGACUACUUUGCCUAUUUUCAUCUUUGCUUAUACUUGCCAUCAUAAUAUGUUUUCAGUAAUUAAUGAACAAAAAGAUAAUUCAUUUAAAAAUGUCAAAUAUAUUGCUAUGUCAUCAAUGUUAUUAGCUUAUAUCCUUUAUUUUUUAAUUGGAUCUGCGGGGUAUCUUACAUUUGGUGAUAAUAUUGUAGGUAAUGUUAUAACAUUAUAUCCAAUAUCUUUGUCUUCUACCAUUGGGAGAGUGGCAAUUGUACUAUUGGUAACAUUUGCAUUUCCUUUACAAUGUCAUCCUGCUAGAGCCUCUAUACAUCAUAUUAUACAUUAUUGGGAGCAAGCAAGGAAAACAGUCGAUAUUGAAGAAGAUAAUACUAUUGACCUAGAGUCAAGAGAGUUAAUAGUAGCCGAAGAAGAAACUUUACUGGCAGAAGAAUUGGUCGUCGAAGAAUCUGUUCAAGAACCUCAAGUGGUGCCAUUGACAGGUAGGCGGUUUGUUAUCAUUACAACUUGUAUACUUGUUGCAUCCUAUUUAGUGGCAAUCCUUGUCUCAGAACUUGCUAGAGUGCUUUCUGUUGUUGGUGCUACUGGUUCUACUUCUAUCUCAUUCAUUUUACCGGGAACUUUCGGUUAUAAGUUGAUUGGCUCAGAGCAUAAUGGUGACUCUAAUGAAGAGUCACUCUCUAAAUUUGAUAAGUUUUUAAAAUAUGCUGCAUUAGGGUUGAUUAUAUGGGGUAUAUUUGUCAUGAUCACAUCUUUAUCAGCUACAUUAUUCUUAGGUGCAUCUCAUUGA